AUGGGUAACGAUGGAGGCAGCAUCCCGACGCGACGUGAAUUGGUCAAAGAGGCUGCUCGAAAUCCCACGUCGACCGAGUUGAAAGACAAGCAGAAGGAACAUCUUGCCCACCGCUGGUCCACAUGCCCUGUAUCUCACAAACCACUGACGAAACCCGUUGUCUCCGACUAUGCCGGAGACCUGUACAAUAAAGAUGCCAUUAUUCAGUUUCUCUUACCGGCCGAAGUGAGCUCGGUUGACAAGGACGAAUACGAGAAAUUUAUCCAAGGACGUAUCAAGUCGCUCAAGGAUGUCGUCGAAGUGUUAUUUGAGGAAGAGCAGGACGAGAAGACAAAGAGCACCCGAUGGAUUUGCCCUAUUACCCAGAAAGAACUGGGGCCCAGUGUGAAAGCAGUCCACCUCGUUCCCUGUGGCCACGCUUUCUCGCAGGAAGCCAUUAACGAAAUGAAGAGCGACGGCAAAUGCGUGCAAUGCGGAGUCGCUUAUGAUCCACGUGAUGUUGUUCCCAUACUUCCAAGCACCGAAAAAGACAAGGCUUUUGUGAUUGAACGGAUAAAUAUUUUGAAGUCACUGGGCUUGACACACUCAUUGAAGAAAGCCAGCGGUGGUAAGAAGCGCAAGGCAAAUGGUGACACCAAGGUGGAAGCCGAGGGCGGAACGCGGGCGGAAGGGAACGACGACCCUGUCAAUGGAGAGAGCAAACCCAAGCCGGCUGAUGUUCCUCGGUCCUCCACGCCACAGUCUGGCACAUCCACCCCACAAGGAAUCAAGAACGCUGCAACUGCCAGCUUAACCGCUCGGGUGCUUGAAGAAGAAGCCGCACGGAAAAAGCGACGGCAACAGAAUGAUAACAUCAGUUCCUUGUAUACCAAGAAAUCAGAUGACAGCACGAGAAGAAAUGGCGAUUUCAUGACUAGAGGCUUCUCCAUUCCUGCCAAUGCACGACAUAAAUGA